AUGUGUGCGGCGGUGAUUGGCCAUCGCCACGACCGCAUGGCUCCCGUUGGCUGUCCCAUGAGCUUCACUGCUGCCCUGCCAACCGAUGACCAGCCAGAAACCGUCGAAGGUACCGACUUACCGCUUCGCCGAGCAACUUGGCACCUGCGCGGCACGUACAAGUCGACCUUCCACCCAUCAUCGAACUACUUGUUCACGACAUCGACGGCUCUCCGUAACCGAACGCCGGUAGAGCCGUCGCGCGUUCCUCCUGCACAACACGGUGGUGGUAGUCUUUUUGUGGCGAACUCCGUGUGA